AUGGCGGGGGCGGUGUCGGCGCUGUUCCUGCUCGACAUCAAGGGCCGCGUCCUCGUCUGGCGCGACUACCGCGGCGACGUCACCGCGCUCCAGGCCGAGCGCUUCUUCACCAAGCUGCUCGACAAGGAGGGCGACGCCGAGGUCCACUCGCCCGUCGUCCACGACGGCGCCGGCGUCUCCUACACCUUCAUCCAGCACAACAACGUCUUCCUCCUCACAGCCUCCAGGCAGAACUGCAAUGCCGCCAGCAUCCUCCUCUUCCUCCACCGCCUCGUCGACGUGUUCAAGCACUACUUCGAGGAAUUGGAGGAGGAGUCUCUGAGGGACAACUUCGUCGUCGUGUACGAGCUGCUCGACGAGAUGAUGGACUUCGGGUACCCGCAGUACACGGAGGCGACCAUCCUCAGCGAGUUCAUCAAGACGGACGCGUACAGGAUGGAGGUCACGCAGAGGCCGCCCAUGGCCGUCACCAACGCCGUGUCGUGGCGGAGCGAGGGCAUUCGCUACAAGAAGAAUGAGGUGUUCUUGGAUGUGGUUGAGAGUGUUAACAUUCUUGUUAACAGCAAUGGGCAGAUCGUCAGAUCUGACAUCAUUGGUGCGCUCAAGAUGCGGACGUUUCUGAGUGGAAUGCCCGAGUGUAAACUUGGGUUGAACGAUAGAGUUCUUUUGGAGGCUCAAGGCCGAGCAACUAAAGGAAAAGCUAUAGAUCUUGAUGAUAUCAAAUUUCAUCAGUGUGUACGGUUGACCAGAUUUGAGAAUGAUAGGACUAUAUCAUUCGUUCCUCCAGAUGGAGCUUUUGAUCUAAUGACCUACAGACUUACCACACAGGUGAAGCCUCUGAUCUGGGUAGAAGCACAAGUUGAGAAACAUUCAAGAAGCCGGAUAGAGAUCACGGUGAAGGCAAGGAGCCAGUACAAGGAAAGAAGCACCGGAACAAAUGUAGAAAUCGAAGUACCUGUGCCUUAUGAUGCCACAAACCCAAAUAUAAGGACUUCAAUGGGUUCUGCAUCAUACGCACCUGAAAGAGAUGCAAUGGUCUGGAAAAUAAAAUCAUUUCCUGGUGGCAAGGAAUAUAUGUGCAGAGCAGAAUUUAGUCUUCCCAGCAUAACCUCAGAAGAAGCAACCCCUGAAAAGAAAGCUCCAAUACGUGUGAAAUUUGAGAUACCAUAUUUCACUGUUUCAGGCAUUCAGGUACGCUAUCUGAAAGUCAUUGAGAAGAGUGGAUAUCAGGCCCUUCCUUGGGUUAGGUACAUCACAAUGGCUGGUGAAUAUGAGCUGAGGCUUAUUUGAUCGCUGAUCUGGCCAUUAAGAAUUGAACAGUUUGCUAGGUUCCGAGAACGGCAUGUAGUCCUGCACCAGAUCUAUACCGGCUGUGCAUGUAACAUUUACAAGCUGGUUGGAGGAUCUUUCCCCUAAAGCUCCAACCUUCCAUCAUGCAGAGUUCUGUCAGUGUUUUUACCCAUGUUUGCUGUAAGCUGUACAUGAGUACAGUUCCCUAAUUGGAAUCGUAUUUUCUGUUUCUUUCUUGGUUGAUAUCACUUGUAUCAUAUUUAUUGAUUUUCUCCAUUGAUGCCGCAAGUUGAACUAUGUUCCUAUUCUCCUUUCAACAUAACUUUAAGGGAAGGUACAUUAUAUGAACCUCUCCUGUCUUA